AUGUUCUACCCAUGGCUAAUCUUAGCGGUACCAAUCCUAACCAUCACAGGCGGCGAGACCAAGCACAGAUUUCUGAGAUGGGACUGUUUCGAAUGCCGAAUAUGUGCGCCAUUUGCUGAAAACCUGAAAUGCCAGAUUGCAGGGUCAAGGCAAUCUGUCUUGAAUGUAGAAGUCAAUUUGCUGAAGUCACUACCAUCAAUUAGGACGUAUGUAAAAAUCUCCACCCGGUCCAAGCCUUCAGAACAGUUCCGGAAGCUCUUUGACUUCACCUUCAAUGGCUGCCGCGUAAUAUCGGAUGUGGCAAGAGGAAAGACCAUGGUGUCUAGGCUCUAUAACGCCGUUGUCAGAACCAGUAACCAGCCGCGAAAAUGUCCCAUAAAACAGGGCUUCAUUUACUACCGCAAUAUAAGUAUGGAGGAAGUUUAUCCCUCGUUUUUUCCCGAAAGCAGUAUUGAGGUGCAGGUCGAAUUGUUCCAUCUGAAGAAAUCGUACUUUAAUAUUACUCUAAGAGGAGAUAUUUCAUCAAAUUAA